CGAAUGUGGACCUACUUAUUUUUCAAUUGAAUGUAAUUGACUACCUAAUUGAGUGCCACAUAUGCAUUAAGACCUCUUUUAAUUAAUACAAAAUUGAGGUUAUUUUGAAAUGUUCCUCGAUUAAUAUAUAAUGGAUUUGUAUUGGUAUGGGAAAACUACUAUAUGCUCGUGACCGUAUUCGUUUGGGUGAAACCGUAGCUGUGAUUCUUUCAUUUCUGUGAUUAAAUGAUUCCCUGGGAUUUCUUAUAUCGUUUUUUUUGUAAACAAUUUCUUAUAUCGUUAUCAUUUAGAGAAGUAUAUAUGGACCAACAUACGCAACUUAACAUUCUGUAUAAAAAAUAUCGCAAACCAAUUAAUCACAUUUAAGAAAAUCAAAUUAGCUAGCAAUACCAGACCCAUCGACAUAUGAAAUGAAAUGUCCAGCCACAACUAUGGGCCACGCCAGUCUUGGUACUGGGCUAAACAUGCCACUGCUAAGAUUUAGUUAGAUUAUUUCGAGCUAAAAAUAUUAUUUAUACAUUUCAAAAAAUCAAUUAUUAAUUAAAAUGUAAUAUUUUAAAAAAUUUGAACUACUCAUACAUAAAAAUUUGUCAUCAUAAUUUCUCAAUGUUUUAAAAUUUUACUUUCUUAUUUUCUAUUUAUUGUUUAGAUAUUGUAUUAGUAUUUCUCUUUCAAAAUGUUCUGGAAGCCAACAGAUUUGUAUAGUUUUUACAUUAAAUAGCUGAAAAUGUUAGCAAUCACACAUAAAAACUAAGAGAAUCUUUAAAUACCAAUAUAUAAAUGAUAAAUUAUUCGAUAAUUGUCAAUUAAUCAUAAACGUUGAAAGUAAAUAUAUAAGAUACGAUGAUUGUCACAUUGAAACUAUGCUAAUAUAACAUUAUUUUCUCAUAAUGUUAAUUUGUACUUAAUAAAGUUUUGAGAAAAGAAAAUGUAUGGAGGAGGCGUGGAGACAUAUAAGACACAAAAAACUAUCCGUGAAUAUGCCAAAGUAGAUAAUAACUCAAAAGUCGGUACACUACACAUCAGUAGCAUCAAUCACCACCACCUACACGGUCCCAACAGCUCAAUUAUUGUUCCUUUUAGAUCAAUUGUUACAAACGGCACAGAUUUAGUCGAAUUCUAUGGACACCUGAUUUCUUUUUUCUUGUAGCUCACAACUAACAUUGUGAAAGCGGCAAUAUUGUCAUUACAUACAAUUUCUUCCGUUAAAGCGAACUAACUUCCUUGUGUUCCCGUAUUGAAUUGAAAAACAUAUUUUCGUAUUAAUAUUGAAAGAUGAUGCUUCAGUGCUAACGGUUAAAAACUUUUUUUAACUAACUAUUCGUUUGAACAUGGAUUUGUAAAAUCGUCUAAGGUUUCCAUUAGCGAGAUGUAGUAUGAUAACUGAGUGAUAAAAGUUAUGAUUUAAUGUAAUUUACAAUAAAAAUUACGUGCUAAAAACGGUAAUGGAAAAUUACAUGUUUACCACUUUCAAACUACCACUUUUCAUUUUUAUCAUCAAUAAAAGAACAUUUUCAAAAAUAACUUAUUCAGUGAGUAGCAAAAUACUUUUAUGCCAUUAUUCUUUAUAUAUAAUAGAUAAAUAAUUUUUUUAAAGUUUUUUUUUCAAAUUAUACUAUUUCAAAAUUUAAACCCCAGACCCUAAACCUCAACUCUAAACCCUAAACCAUCAAUCUUAAACCCUAUUUUUUUUAAAUACGAACCGUAAACCCUGAAACAUGAACUCUAAACCCUAAACCUCAAAACAUCAACUCUAAACCCUAAACCCUAAACCUUCAGCUCUAAACCCUAAAACAUCAGCUUUAAACCCUAAACCCUAAACUUCAACUCUAAACUCUAAACCCUAAACCAUCAACACUAAACCCUAAACUAUCAACACUAAACCCUAAACCCUAAAAGUAAACUCUAAAUCCUAAACCCUAAAAAAUUAAGUCUAAACCCUAAAACAUCAACUCUAAGCCCUAAACCCUAAACCCUAAACUCUAAAUCCUAAAUCCUAAACCCUAAAACUAGAAUUGAUGUUUUAGGGUUUAGAUUUGAAGGUUUAAUGUUUUAGGGUUUAGGUUCGAAUUUCAGAAAAAUAUGGGGUUUAGGAUUUACGUUUAGAGUUUAGAGUUGAUGUCUUAGGGUUUAGAUUUGAAGGUUUAGGGUUUAGGGUUUAUAGUUGAUGUUUCGGGGUUUAGGGUUUAGAGUUCAUGUUUCAGGGUUUAGGGUUUAGAGUUGAUGAUUGAGGGUUUAAAAUUGAUGUUUUAAGUUCAGAUUUAGAGUUUAGGGUUUACGUUUAGGGUUUAGAGAUGAUGUUUUAGGAUUUAGAUUUGAAGGUUUAGGGUUUAGAGUUGAUGUUUCAUGUUUUAGGGUUUAGAGUUGAUGUUUUAAGUUUUGAUUAGUUAACCAUAUGUUUUUUUUGUCAAAGUUAAUCAAAAGAUUAUAAAUGUAUUUUAUCCUUCAUUAAAGAUGAUGGUAAAAGUGGUUAGUGUAAACAUGAAAAGUGGUACUUUAAAAAUGGUAUUUUUAGCAAUUUUCCAAUUUUAUAUAUAAUAAAACACGUAUUUUAUUUCAAUAAUAUUAAAUUUAUAUGUUAUAUUAAAUAAUUAAUUAUAAGCUAAUAUAAUAAAAUUAUGAAAAUAUAUUUAAAAAUUAAGAAUAUAUUGUUUUGCUAUCUGAAAAUAAUAUUUUUUUAUUAUAAAGUUAAAAAACUAAGAUAUAAAACAAUUUAUAAUUAAAUAUUAGUCAAACAAAAAUAUUUAUAUAAAGGUAUUUUCUAAACUAUUUCUAAUAUACGAGUGUUUUAAAACUUUUAACACAAUAAUAAGUAUAUAGUUUGAUGAACGUUUUUUUGACAUAUAUAAAUAAUUUGAUGUUUGAUUUAACUGUUUAAAAUCAUAAAUAAUAACUUAACUUGUGACUGAGUUCAAAACAAAUUUUAUUUCUUUUACCUUAAACCAAUUUAAGUUUAAUCCGUGAAACACUAAAGGUUCAGUUGGUGACCACUAGAAGAAUGGAAAAAUGAACAAAAUAAAAAAUAAAAAAUAAAAUUUCAUUUGAGGAAUUGAAAAAAAAAAUGAUUUUUUGUUCAAUUUGUUCCUUAUCAAAAUUGCAUAGGAAAACAUUUUCUUAUAAAUUCAUUCCUCCACGGGGAAUUUAGAAGAAAAAAAUGGAAUCUACCUUUCAAUAAUUUGACUAAAAUUUCAAUAUAACUAGUAUAAAUUUUGAGGAACAAAGAAUUCACCAUAAUUUUUUUGCCUUCAAUAUGUUCACCAAUUAGAGUUUUAUAAUACCGUUUUUUAAAUUAGUAAGAUAUAAAAUAAUAAGUAUUCGUAAGAUGAUUAUGCCUGCAUAUACGGGCAAAACACCUAGUAUAUAUAUAUAUACAAAGCUCCCAUAUAUAUACAAACAAUUUAUGUACAUAAUUUUUUUAAAAUUACCAAACAAAAUUAACAAUUAUUAAUAUACAAAGCUCAUAUUGGUUAGACAAACGCAGGUGGAAGUUGUCUUUUACUUAACAAUUAUAGAAUACGUCGCAUGCACUGGACCAUUGGUUUUCGAAAGAUUUGACAUGCAUAAAGCUACAAUACCAAACAAACAAAAGAGGACAUAAUCACGUUAAAGAUAAGUAAGUUCUCUCGUGUUAUGAUUGCUGAGACACUGACAUUUAUUCUGCUGGCGGUUAGUAGAUGGCUGUUUUAUUUAAGUCCCUGUCUCAAAUCCUUUAUAUUUUAUUUAAGUCCCUUUCAUAUUUUGAAUGUGGUAUCUUAUCUCCAACAUAUUCAUCCUUUUAUCUCAACCUUCCCCUUUAGUGUGAUAUCUCUAUUUUAAAAUUUCUCCAUAAUGGCUUUGGUAAGUUUACUUGAUAUCUCAAUUGCUUUCUUUUGUUUCCUCAUCUUUCAAAUUUUCUUGAUCAGCAAGAAACCUCACCCCUCCUUUCUCACAAACUGGCCGUUCCUUGGUAUGCUUCCCGGUUUGAUCCUUGAGAUCCCUCGUGUUUAUGACUUUAUAACCGAGGUUCUUGAGCAUGGGAACUUAAACUAUCUUUUCAAAGGCCCCUUUUUAGGGGGCCUUGACAUGUUGUUCACUGUCGAUCCUGCUAAUAUCCACCACAUUAUGAGCUCAAACUUCUCUAACUACCCUAAAGGGGCCGAGUUCAAGAAGCUAUUCGACGUUUUGGGAGAUGGGAUUUUCAACGUAGAUUCAGAGCUGUGGAAGGAUCUGAGGAAAUCAGCUCAAAGCAUGAUGAUGAAUCCAGAGUUUCAAAGCUUUUCAAUAGCUACAAGCUUGAGUAAGCUAGAGAAAGGGCUUGUUCCACUUCUUGACCAUGUUGCUAAAGAGAAACUCGUUGUGGACUUGGAAGAUAUUUUCCAAAGAUUCACGUUCGACACUACCUUUGUUUUAGCGACCGGGUAUGAUCCAGGUUGUCUCUCGGUUGGGAUGCCAGAAAUAGAAUUCGCAAGAGCUUUAGACGAUGCCGAGGAAGCUAUUUUCUACAGACAUGUCAAGCCGGAGAUGGUGUGGAAGAUGCAAAGAUUGUUUGGGCUUGGAGAUGAGUUGAAGCUGAAAAGAGCUCACAACAUUCUGGACCGUGCUUGCUUUAAGUGCAUAUCUUCCAAGAGAGAUGAGAUAAGCCGUGGGACUAAUAAUAUUGGUUCUAAAGAUUUGCUGACGUCUUACUUGAAUGUGGACACGACCAAGUACAAGUUGUUGAAUCCUAAUGAUGACAGGUUCCUUAGGGACACGGUCUUGAGCUUCAUGUUAGCGGGUAGAGACACCACAGGCUCAGCACUCACUUGGUUCUUCUGGCUUCUAUGUAAGAACGAAGAAGCAAUAACCAAGAUUCUUCAAGAAAUCAACAAAAAUAUAUCUCCAAGAACCAAGACUGAUGAUUAUGGUUCAUUCAAUCCCCAGGAGCUGAAGAAGUUAGUUUAUUUACAUGGUGCAAUUUGUGAAGCCCUAAGGCUCUAUCCACCUGUUCCCUUCCAACACAAGUCUCCAACUAAAACCGACGUUCUUCCAAGCGGACACAAAGUCGAUGCCGGCUCAAAGAUUUUGUUCUGUCUCUAUUCAUUAGGGAGAAUGAAGUCGGUUUGGGGAGAGGAUGCAUUGGAAUUUAAACCGGAGAGAUGGAUUACUGAGAAUGGAACGUCAGUGCAUGAGCCAUCUUAUAAGUUCUUAUCAUUUAACGCAGGUCCAAGAACUUGUCUAGGGAAAGAAGUGGCUAUGAUGCAAAUGAAGACAGUGGCUGUGAAAAUCAUACAAAACUAUAAUAUUAAGGUCGUUGAAGGGCACAAAGUCGAGCCAGCUCCUUCUAUCAUUCUCCACAUGAAGCAUGGUCUUAAAGUCACGGUUUCUAAGAGAUGUUUGGUCUGAAUGUUAUGACUAGAAACGUGGACAGUUGACGUAAUUAUUUCCUUGUCCUCUCAUGAAAUAUGGAAAUCUCAUGUCAGCUUGAUUGUUAUCUAAUAAAAUAUAAUUAUUUCAGAAAUUA